AGAAGGAGCCGUUCAGACCUUUUUUUAUGUAGCUGUCAAGCGCAUCACGUCUGUUUUUAAAGACCUGUAUGAACCGCUGCGCGAAAAGCUUUGAUUUAAUAUCUGCCUUUUGAAGCUGCAGUUUUUGGUGCACACUGAUAUUCCCGCUCAGGGGUCACCAUGGGUGAGGUGGAGCUGUCAUGUCGGGCGUACGUAAAGAUGUACCUGCACGCCUGCCUGUUUCCGCGCUGCAGCAUCAACGGCCUGCUGCUGUCGUCCAGCACGACAGGUGGCGCUGUGUGCGUGACGGACUGCAUCCCGCUGCUCCACUCCCACCUGCCCCUGGCUCCCAUCACCCAGCUAGCCCUUACACAGGUGGAUGUGUGGUGCUCACAGACUCAGCAGAGGAUAGUGGGAUACUAUCAAGCCAACGCCUGUGCAUCCGAUAACAGCCCGACGCAGUGUGCCCUGAAGAUAUCUGAUAAGAUUGCGGAGCAGUUUGACAGUGCAGUUUUAUUAAUGCUCGACAGCAGUAAGAUGUCUCCAGACUAUCGGGUUCCUCCCAUCGUCAUGUACGAGCGCAAAGAUUCGAGAUGGAUACUCAAAGACAAACACACGAUCAUGCUGAGACAGUGGGAGGAGACUCGGGCGAUAGCCAGCCAGAUGCUGGAGUCGGGCGAUCACAUGCUAUUGGUGGAUUUCGACAGCCACUUGGACGACAUCACAAAAGAUUGGACCAAUCAGAAACUUAACAGCAAGAUCGAGGAGCUCGCCUCACCGGCAAACGGGAACAUCUAGACUGAAGAGUGGCUUAAGUUUGUGGUCUGACCCGAUGUGUUCUUCAUGCACGAAGAACAGAAGCACGCACUCAACACCGAGUUCAAGGAGACUUUUAUUUUUGCUCCACUUGUUAACAAAACAAGGAUAUAACAUGCAUAAAUAAUAAAAUAUUUACAUCUUCCUAGCUCUCCUUCACCUCCCCCCUCUGAGUGUGCCUUGUGGUCCAGCCCAACACUCCACCUUAAAAUAACCCUUAACACUACCACAACUUAUCUAAGUUACCCAUAUUUCCCCUUUGUUUAUGCAUUAUUGUUAUUCCUACAAACAUGACAUGAAAUAGGGUUGACAAAAUGACAAAAAAUGCCUUACAGUACUAAAAUCCUACAAUAAAUCAGUUAGCUGAAGCUCAAAAUGUUUGGUUUUUGUUAAGAUGGGUUUGUGUUUUAGACUUGGGGAAAGUUUAGAAUAAUUUAACAAAGACAUGGGGGGAAAAAUGCUUCAGCCUCAUUUAACAUUUAAAUAAGUUAACACUAUGCAUGAGUGUCGAGACUUUAAUGCCACAUGUGGGCACCCAUACUGUAAAAGAAUCAAAUAUAUCUUCACAGGAGAAAUUGGAACAGAGCACCGUAAUAAUACAACUACAUCAGUAAGGUUUUAACUUCAUUUCUUGAGCUUGAAUGAAAUUAUGAAUGUAACAGUUGCUCAUUCAAACUCCCUGUAAGCCUGAUUUCAUUGCAACAGUUUAAACACUUUAGUCUCUCUUCUGCAACUAAACCACAAAACUUGGAGCAUCCACUUUGACUCAAAUAAUUGAAAUCCUCAGUUAAAGCUCUCAAAAGCACAUUUGUGCAGCUGCUCUUUGAUUUAGCCUGACUUUAGUAAGCGUGCGUUGCAAAAAUAAAUGAUGUGUCAAGAGGAAAUUUAUCAUAAAUCAUGAUAGCUUCAGGAAAGGGGAAACAAUGUGUUGCAUGCUCGGAAAAAUCUGCUUUACAGAACAUCAAGCUGCUGCCUUACAAUCUCAACAAUGAGCCAAAUAUUCAGAGCUUCAGCUAACUGUAUUUACUGCAGAAGUUUUGUAUUGAAAUGUGCAAUGCUUUGUAUUUUUGUUCGCCCUUUACAAGCCCCCCAAAAAAGGUACAUGAGUUUGAAAGUAGAACAUUUAACAGGCAUUUAAAAUGAUUAACACAGAAUUAAAUGGACCACUCAUCCUCUGCAGGAACAUUAGCUGCAGCAGACCAAUGCUAACAGGACAUGCUUGUGUAAAUCAGAAUAAAUGGUUUAAAAAAA